AUGGAGCGACUAAACUCUGAGAGCUCAGAAUUCCGCCGUGGUGUACAGCUUUUAUCACCACUAGAUGUGCAACAUAAAUUCACAGGGCUGCUACAAAGAUUGAAACUGGAUACGACUCAAAACAUUUCCUCCCUGAUUCUGGACAUUAUCUCUAUUGACGAAGACAAGGCCGAUGGCCGAACAGUCCAACAGUUUAUUCAGCUUGUGUUUCGGAAUUUUAGGGGUGGUUCUUCUGCCUCCCCUUCCAAGUAUGCUAAAUUAUGCAAGAUCAUAUCUGCUAAUAUGAGCCCAAGGAUCAAGGAUGAGAGCAUUCGUGAUGAGAAUGGAAAGCCAAUGGCGGGUGGGUCGCUCUUCCGAGAAUAUCUGCUACGUUGCUGCCAGGAAGAGUGGGAAUGUGCUUCCCAGGUCGCAAUUCUAACCACUCCGUUUCUCUCGAGUAAUGUUGAUGAAUCAAGUGCUAGCGAUUUGGUGGCUAGCUGGAAGAGGCGCGCCCAAGCGGCGUUCGUUGGCGAACUGUACAAAGUCGGCCUGCUGGCGGAAAAUAUUAUCGAAGGCUGUAUCCAACGACUAUGGGACCACGAAGGCUUUCCUCACGAUUCAGAGGUCGACCGUCUAUGUAGCCUGCUGCGGGCAGCCGGUGUUAGCCUGGAUAAGUCUGAGAAGGGCUCUGCCAUUAUGGACGCCUACUUCACCCGUAUCACGAAACUUUUGGAAAGAAGUGUUAUUAAAUCAGAAACGAAGAAGAAGCUUUUGUGUCUUAUUGAUCUGCGAUCGAGUGGCUGGGGUGUCAAUAAGGCCUUGCUUGACUCCAAGUUGGACCAAAAAAUAGCUGAGAUGAAGAAAAGGAAUGAAAGGUUGUGGGAAGAGUUGAAACAGCUGGAUAUAGCGUCUCAGUCUAUCCCAUCAGUCCUAGAUUCAAGCCAGGCUAGCCCGGAAUUUACCCCGGGAUUUCCUCUAGAAUUUCCCCUGGAAUUUCCCCUGGAACGAAUGGAAAUAACACCAGAAUCUAUCCUGGACCAAGAAGUUAUCAAAUACGAUCUCACUGGAGGUCGACCGGAGUGGAUUUUUUCAUCAUACGCACCCGUUAGUAAUGGCGCGGCUUCCCUAUUUGGAGGCCCUUUCUUGCAGGGCAUUGUUUCGCGCGAACAGAGCAUGGAGGAGAUGCGUCUUCGCCAUUACGAACGUGCAGCCAAGGGUGACAUGACGGGCGCCGUCUUAGAGGCACAGGCGCUCUGGCAAAUGUGCAAUGACCAAAUGAAUUAUGCGCUGAACGAUCUUGGGGGGGCUGUGAAAUAUAUCAACGACGCUUCCCGCGAAUAUCCCAACCGUAUCGACCUCAUAGAAGGAAGGGGGUUUUUCAAUCUAUCUCCUUCACUAUCAAUUGUACAGCUGGGAGUCAUUCAAGCGCCAGACACCGACGCGAAUGUUGAUGCCAUUCAGAAUCGUACCAAAAGCACCUCCAUUUCAGAGACCAAUAAAAUGUCGGAAAGGGAUAAACCCCGGACAUCACGAAAGCCGCAAGGAAGAGGUGCCGGAAACAAAACGCCCAAGCGUGGUGGACCAAAGAGGCAUGAAAGUACGGAUAACAUUACAACCAAAGCCAUUGAGCCCGAGUCCACAGGUCUUGAACAAAGCAGAUGGGCCCGGUCCAAGUCAUUGCCACGCUCGGUUCGCUAUGAUGAGGGAUUCAUAUGCGGUGCCGGAGAGGGCAACACACCUGAAACGUCCGAUGAAUGGCUUUCUGAAGCACAAAGCCUUCUCCAAUACGUGCCCAGACUUCUGAAUCGAAGUAGAGUUAAAGUUGCAAUUCUAGACUCGGGUAUUGACUUGGAUCACCCCUGGUUUAGCAAGAAAGGCCAAUUUUGCCAAGAGAUGCCCCGGGAAAGAGUCAAAGGCUAUUGCAGUUUUCUGCUGGGACCAAGUGACGACAAGGGCGGAAAUCAAGAGGGCAUAAAUGCCGCUGAGGACAUCAUUGGACACGGCACACAUGUUGCAUCAUUGGUCUUACGUCUCGCCCCAAAUGCGUUCGUGUAUGUGGCACGAGUUAUCGACGAUAAGGGUAAGGUUAAUCCUAGAGCUGUGGCUAAUGCCAUUGAACACGCAACCAAUAAUUGGGGUGUGGACAUAAUCAGUAUGUCCUUCAGCUGGAGUAUCCGACAAGAAGACGUGGCAAAUGCCAUUGAGAAGGCUGCAAGCAAGAAGAUUGUUCUCUUCGCGGCCGCAUCCAAUAAAGGUCUCAAUGGCACUGGCCUUCUGGAUUAUCCUGCCUCCUCCAAGGAUGUAAUUCCUGUUUUUUCUUCCAAUCUCCAUGGCUUUCCGUCAAUUUUUAACCCCCCGGAUGGCCAAUUCUAUACGCUUGGAGAAGAAUUGUCGGGUCCUUGGGCCAGAAAUAACCAGAAUGGGUCCGAACCCGAAUGCCGGAAAACUGGGACAUCCUUUGCCACCCCAAUCAUGGCGGCUCUAGGUGCGAUUGCUCUGCAAUAUAUUCGGUUCAGGAGGCGCCCUUCAAAAAGUCCUUUGAGACCAAAAAGACCAGACAGAUCAGACAGGGCCCCCCUGCGAGUUUUCAAUCGAAAUGGGGGAUUUCUAGAUGUGGGGGACUUGGGCGGAUUGAAGGGCAGUGAGGGGAUGAGAAUUUUGCUAAAACUCAUGGCUAAGACUCAUACGCUUUCACACAAGUAUGAGUAUAUCAGCCCGGGAUUUUGGCUAUUACCCCCGGGAGAUCCUGAUAAUAAGUUGUACGAUCUACUUGAGCUCCACUUUGGGUGCACAAGGGCAGAUGAACAGUGA